AUACGCUACGACUUGCAUCACGGCUCUCAACUAUGCGCUAAGUUUUCUUCUGCCGAUGGAGGAUGCCCUCAUGAUGGUAGAGAAGAAGAUGGUGAUGAACCAGAGGAAUUCUCUUGCACUUGCAACCUUGACUACUUGCCUCCUUUGGUAUUGACAUGCUUACUUCCUCAGUGUUAUCCUAGCAAAGACCCCCCAUAUUUUACAAUCACUGCCAAAUGGAUGGAUGGGUCCCAAGUUUCUCAGAUAUGUGAGAUGCUCGACGCCAUCUGGGCACAACUCCCGGGGCAGGAGGUGGUAUAUCAGUGGGUUGAGUGGAUCCGCAAUUCGUCGCUGUCACACCUCUGGAUUGAUGGCAAAAUAAUAUUAGGUCCAGACAGCCCAGCACACAAAUCAGAUAAUCGUGCUAUCUCAAGAGGUCUCCCAUUGAAUUAUGUAAUCCCUUCGAUGCUCAGCUACAGUAGUAAGAAGCGUCGUAAAGCUUUUCUUGAUGAUCUUCAUAUGUGCCUGAUAUGCCUUACAGAGAGCAAUGGUUCAAACUUCAUCCAGCUGCCAUGCCAGCACUUGUUUUGUGUCACGUGCAUGGAGACCUUGUGCAGGAUACAUGUGAAGGAAGGUACUGUGUUCCAAUUGGUGUGCCCCGGCACCAAGUGCAACAUUUCUAUUCCGCCGUAUCUGCUAAAGAAUCUUCUCAGGGAAGAAGAGUUUGAACGUUGGGAUAGGCUUCUUCUUGACAAAGCAUUGGGCUCAAUGUCAGACGUGGUCUACUGUCCAAGGUGUUCGAUGGCUUGCUUGGCAGACGAGGAUAAGAACGCGCAAUGUCAAAGUUGUUUCUUUACCUUCUGCUCAGCUUGCAAGGAUCCACGCCAUCUAGGGAGACAGUGUUUAACACCAGAACAAAAGCUCAAGGCAUCAGGCAAGUUAACUGUGAGGGAGAUGGUGCAGGAGAUGCUGAUGAUCAGAAGUUUAUACAACGAUGCUAGAGCAUGUCCAAACUGCCGAAUGGCCAUUAGCAGAAGUGAAGGGUGUAACAUGAUGUAUUGUGUGAACUGUGGCAAGUCAUUCUGCUUCCGUUGUGGCGAGGCCAUGACUGCUAGCAAUUAUAACCAUUUCAGUAAAUGUGGGCUCUUUGCGCCGCAAAAAAAGGACUAUAACACAAAUGAUUUGGAGAAGCGACUGAAAGAGCUAGAAACCGCAGAACGCGUGGCUCGAAUGCAUCCGUUAGGCAGUACCAUCGAAUGCCCGAAAUGCCGUCAGAAAAUUUUCAAGGAUGAUGAUGAAUAUGUUUUCUGCUGGGCCUGUCAAGCCAGGUAUUGUACGCUGUGCGAGAAGCGGGUCGAGUUUACAAGGCAACAUGGGGCAAGGGGGCACUGGGGCUCGCCGGAAUGCGUGGGGAUAACUCUCUAGUACCGUCGUAGUUUUUCAUAGUUUGCAAAUUAAACACUUGUAAUUUUGGUUUGAAACGUACAUGUUGUCGGUGUUGUAAAUUAAAGACCAGCCAGGCAACCAGGUAGAAGAAACCAAAGUACUGCUAGUAUAAGACAUGGUACUCUUUCUUGGUGAUAUAAAUCAGAGGAACCAACCAAUAAUGAUACUGUUUGGUCA